GCGCCGGCCGGCUUCGUCCAGACGGGGGCCUUGACGGGCCUGUGGCGGGGCCUGACGCCCGUGCUGCUCAGGUCGGUUCCCUGCAGCGCGAUCUUCUUCGUCACGUACGAGCAGGUGCACCAUGGCUUGGAUCACACGCAUCCGGCCGGCGCCUGGCCGUCGUUGUGGAAGGACGCCCUCGCUGGAGGCGUGGCCAACGUGGCGCAGUGCUCCGUGCGGGUGCCCUGCGAGGUGUUGAAGCAGGAGAUGCAGGCCCGCGGGUGCCGCCACGGAGGCCAGGCGGUCUCCCUCGCGGAGACGGCCCGAAGAGUAGGCCUCGGCGGGCCGCGGGGGUUCUUCGUCGGCGCGGGCGCCACCGUCAGCCGCGAGCUGGCCUUCGCCGUGGUGCAGAUGCCGGUCUUCGAGGAGCUGAAGCGGCUGCACCCCUGGCGCGAGGACGGCGGCGUGGGGAGGCAGGGCCUCGUCGGCGCCGUCUGCGGCGGCCUCGCGGGUGGGCUCGCCGGCGCCCUCACCACGCCCCUCGAU